AUAGUCCCUGAUGGACCGCAGCUUUGCUCAGGCACCAUCGAGACACGACGAAGAGCCAGCAAGCAAGCAAGUAUAUCAGUCAUCAUGGCGCAGCACAACCCCACCAUCCAAACGCUCCAGAACCAUGCCCCUCCGAAUCCAGCUCCUCCAGCUUCAGACCCGGCGAUCUAUCAGGAGCACCAUGAUGCUUUUGCAGCUGAAGGGCAGCCCAAGGGCUCUGCUGCAUGGCUGGAGCGGGCUAAGAAAGUCAGCGACAUCCUUGCUGUAGAUGCAGCUGCUCGAAGCAAGGAGCAGAAGACUCCUAGAGCGGAAAUUGCGCUUCUGAAGAGCUCGGGAUUGCUCAAGGUUAUUGGUGACGCCAAGUAUGGUGGAGGUGGUGAGAGCUGGGAGACUGGCUAUAAGGUCAUCAGGGAGGUUGCUGCUGGUGAUGGAUCCAUUGGUAUGCUAUUGGGCUAUCACUUGCUGUGGUCUACAACGGCACGCAUUGUUGGUACGGACGAACAGAAGGACCGCUUCGAGAAACUUAUCAUCGAGAACAACUACUUCAUUGGAGGCGCCGUGAACCCGCGCGACAAUGACUCCCGCGUCACCAAGUCUGGAGAUGGUCUCGUCUUCAAUGGCUUCAAGAACUUCAACACUGGUGGUGUGAUCUCCGACCUUACCGUUCUGGAAGGUGUCUAUGAAGACACUGAACAUCAUAUCUUUGCGCUGGUCCCAACACGCCAGCCGGGUAUUAUUUUCUCGUAUAACUGGAACAAUAUCGGACUACGCUUGUCUGAGUCAGGGUCCGUGAAGAUCGAGAACGUCUCUAUCCCAUGGGACGAUGCACUGGGUUGGUCGAAGGAGACGAAGUUGCCCAUCCCUGAAGUACUCCAGAACCCAUGGGCUACUCUUCUUCUCCCCAGCAUUCAACUCGUCUUCUCCAACUUCUACAUUGGUAUUGCUUGGGGCGCCCUGCGCACCGCUCGUGGCUACACCAACACUCAAACACGUGCUUGGCCAUUUUCGCAUGACCCAAAGAAGACCCCGGCGGAGGAGCACUAUGUGCUGGCGAAGUACGGUAGAUACCUCGCUUCUCUCCGUGCAGCCGACGCUCUCGCAGACCGUGCUGCUACCGAGCUUUCCACCCUCUUGAAGGAGCACAGCGCGAAGCGCGAUAUCACCCCACGACAGCGUGGAGAGGUAGCCGAAUGGGCUGCUAGCGUCAAGGUUACGGCAACACACUCUUCCCUCGAAGUUACUGCUGGUGUGUUUGAAGUGACCGGUGCGAGGUCAACCGCAGAGAAGUACGGAUUCGAUCGCUUCUGGCGUGAUGUCCGAACGCAUACUCUGCACGAUCCAGUUGCGUACAAGGAGACUGAGCUGGGUCGCUACUGGUUGUUGGAUGAGGUUCCCAGUCCUUCUUGGUACACUUGAAGCGUGUCUGAUAUCCUCGACUUUUGUUUUGGGUUCUUUUUGUAAAUAGAUCGCCUAAGUAUUCUAUCAGGUGUGCGCUGGUUCAGCGGACUUUUCUUAUAUAGAUCAAAUAUAGCUAUGUUACCACGAAUCGCAUAUUUUAUCUUUCCG